CUCUGCUGCCACUCUGUGCUACUCGUUUUUCUGUAUAUACGUAUGUACAUUUGUAUAUAUGUAUAUAUUGUAUUGAUUGAACAUCAUCAACUUUUAACGAACAACACAGCAAUUAACGACUAUACUUAGGUACACGAUAUUUCUUUAGAAGAUUACAAUAUUGUAUCAUGCAGUCGACAUAAAUAUGGAUCAUGGAACGGCUGGGUCACCGUGGAUCGAAGAACAAGGCUAUCUUCCGCGUCGAUUAUAUGUUUCGAAGUGUAUGUAAUCGUAACCGUUCGAACAAUCCAAAGAUAGAAGAUACAUACGUAUAACAGGCCAAGCACGGCAUUCAAGUCCAAAAGAAUCCGACUAUGACAAAGACCGCGGGAACGGCAUAAUUCUUAACUAGAUGUUCGCUAGCAAUCCUUCCGUGAUAAUUCUGAGACGACGCGAAGCCGAGGAUAUAAGAGGCCGACGACCGUACUCGCGUCAUUAAGUGGCAAUCGUUCAGAGAAACGGUGUCAUGUUUUUCUACAAUAAUAAACUCGUUGUGCAGUAACGGAGGUCGUACAUUUCUUUGAUACAUACAUACGCUGCUGGACGCUAUACAAAGCGGCAACGCAUAAAUAAGUUGGUUCUGCUGGUCUUACGUUUGCGAAAUGCGUGAGUGUAUAUCAAUCCAUGUCGGCCAAGCUGGCGUGCAAAUUGGAAACGCUUGUUGGGAACUGUAUUGUCUGGAACAUGGGAUACAACCGAAUGGGCAGAUGCCGACGGACAAAAUGGUUGGAGACGACAGUUUCAGUACUUUUUUCAGCGAAACCAGUGCCGGGAAGCAUGUACCCAGGGCGGUAUUCGUCGAUUUAGAACCUACGGUUGUUGAUGAAGUACGAACGGGAACAUAUCGACAACUAUUUCAUCCGGAGCAAUUAAUCACCGGAAAGGAAGAUGCGGCAAACAAUUACGCUCGUGGCCACUACACGAUUGGCAAAGAAAUCGUGGACUUGGUGAUCGAUCGUGCACGAAAGCUAGCAGAUCAGUGCACCGGACUACAAGGAUUUUUGAUCUUUCAUUCGUUCGGAGGUGGUACCGGCUCAGGAUUCGCUUCUCUGCUGAUGGAACGUCUUUCUGUCGACUAUGGGAAAAAGUCGAAAUUAGAAUUUGCAAUUUACCCAGCGCCAAGGGUUUCCACGGCUGUUGUCGAACCUUACAAUUCAAUUCUCACCACUCAUACGACCCUCGAGCAUUCGGAUUGCGCUUUCAUGGUCGAUAACGAAGCGAUAUACGACAUCUGCCGACGCAAUCUCGACAUCGAGAGACCAUCCUACACCAACUUAAACAGACUGAUAGGGCAGAUUGUUUCAUCGAUAACAGCUUCACUGCGAUUCGACGGCGCCUUGAACGUCGAUUUAACUGAAUUUCAAACAAAUUUGGUUCCUUAUCCGAGAAUUCAUUUCCCUCUGGUCACCUACGCGCCAGUAAUAUCAGCCGAGAAAGCCUACCACGAGCAACUUUCGGUCGCCGAAAUUACAAGCGCGUGCUUCGAGCCGGCGAAUCAGAUGGUCAAAUGCGAUCCCCGGCACGGGAAAUACAUGGCAUGCUGUAUGCUCUACAGAGGAGACGUUGUCCCAAAAGACGUAAACGCCGCGAUCGCGACCAUAAAGACGAAACGAACGAUACAGUUUGUCGAUUGGUGUCCAACUGGAUUCAAAGUUGGUAUAAAUUAUCAACCACCCACAGUCGUGCCUGGCGGUGAUCUAGCUAAGGUGCAGCGAGCUGUCUGCAUGUUGUCCAACACGACGGCCAUCGCGGAAGCGUGGGCACGGCUCGAUCACAAGUUCGACCUCAUGUAUGCAAAGAGGGCUUUCGUUCACUGGUACGUUGGCGAGGGAAUGGAAGAGGGCGAGUUUUCCGAAGCUCGCGAAGAUCUGGCAGCGCUCGAGAAGGACUAUGAAGAAGUUGGACUGGAUUCGACCGAUGUUGAUGUCGACGUAUAUGCUACCGAUGAAUAUUAAUACACCCACCACUUCUCUCAUCAUUUUACGUUCGUUUUCUUCUUCCUUUGUUCCGCGAAACCGCCGAAACGACGUUUGCUUUCUUCCCCCCCUUUCACUCACCUCUCAUUUUCUGUUCCAUUAAACUAUCAGUAAUGGCACGGCAAUAAAAUCUGAAAAGAAAUCAAUUGUGUCAGUAUAUUUGACUAGAGUACCUACAUGUGUGUACGUACGUAUAUAGAUGUACUUGAAAAAGCCAACGCGGCGAUUAAACAGCAUCGUUGCCAGUGCGAAUGCAUUUUAUCCGAGUAUUCUAUAGCUUGAAAUUGCCGACGAACUAAUGAGAAUCAAGAACAGAAAAUCGAAAUCUUAGAAACAUUUUCGUCGUAAAACGGGAUACACGACGUAGUACCUACAUCACCUACACAUGUACUUACAUACCGAUAUCAUUUACUUCGCUCCAAAAAAUAAACGUAUAUAGGUUUAGCAUGGUGUUCCACUGAUAAUACCAAGAGUAACGAUAAAAAAGAAUAACUACAUAUACAUACAUCAAACCAACCAACAACAACAACCACAACAACAACAAAUAUAUGUGUACUUGUUUUUGGUUGGUCCGUGAAUUUUAGAUGUACAUAAUUGUUUUUUAUUGCAUUACACAAACGGGGGCUGGGAAGGCGAAAUUAAAUAGCGGAUUAAAUACAUCAGCGCGACGCCUUAACGAAUUAAAAACGUAAAAACAUUAA